CUUCCUUAGAAUUUGUUGUGAGUGGAACAUUCGAUUCAAAACUUUCUAAAAAUGUCUGGUCGUGGUAAAGGUCGUGCAAAGGGUGGCAAAUCGAAGACGCGUUCAAGCAGAGCUGGACUUCAGUUCCCCGUUGGUAGACUCCAUCGUCUUCUUCGCAAAGGAAACUAUGCUGAAAGAGUAGGAGCUGGAGCUCCAGUUUAUUUAGCGGCUGUCAUGGAAUAUUUGGCCGCUGAAGUUCUCGAAUUGGCUGGAAAUGCCGCUCGUGACAACAAGAAGUCUAGGAUCAUCCCACGUCACUUGCAAUUGGCCAUCAGAAACGACGAGGAAUUGAACAAACUUCUCUCUGGUGUUACCAUCGCUCAAGGUGGUGUUCUGCCCAACAUCCAAGCUGUUCUUUUGCCCAAGAAGACUGAAAAGAAAGCUUAACUUUUAAAUAUACAGACUGCUUUUACAAUCGGCCCUUUUCAGGGCCAA